AACUCACCGUACAAGUAGGCCGUUUUCACGUCAAAGUGUUUCAAUGCCAUUUUCUUUUUGCUUGCCGUUGCUAAUAACACCCGAAGUGUUGUUUGGUUAGUUACUGGUGCGAAAACUUCAUCGAAAUCCACUCCAAAUUUCUCGACAACCAACUGCCUUUCGGCCAACCGGCUGCUGCUUGCUGAAAAGUUUUCGGUUCAACAUCAUCAGCACUCAAAGAACCAGCAGCAUACGAUUCCUCGAUGUAUCUGCGUGGUGCUACUCCUUUUGUCGACCGUUUCGACCGCCGUGCUAUUUCAUCCAAAGGAAAGCCACGAAACGAAUCGUUUCCUUCAGAAGCACUAUCGUAAGAUGAUCCAAUCUGUUCCUGGAUUGCACCAUCAGGCUCUUCGUCUGCAUCAGCGGAAUCCAAAUCACUCCCAUAAUCGACCAGGCGUUCAUUUUCCGAUGGCAAUGCAAGCGGCACUUGGAAUACUCCUCCUGUCUCCAGAUCCCGAUUUGGAAAAACUCCUUCGGGUUCAAGAAACGAUAUGCCUUUCGACCAUCAGCGUACCCAACGAACACCAACUUAUCAGCUUUGUAAUCCAGUUUCCGCCGUUUCUCUUUGGGUAUAUGUACGUACGCUUUGGAACCAAAAAUCCUCAGAUGGCCAUACGAUGGCUUUUUACCAUGCCAGAGCUCAAACGGUGUGUUUGUAACGGUAGACGACGGCAAACGAUUCUGCAAAUAAUUUGCUGUGCAUAUCGCCUCGCCCCAGUACUUCUUCUCCAACCUUGCUUCCGAAAACAUACACCGCAGCAUCUCCACAAGAUAGCGAUUUUUCCGCUCAGCGACGCCGUUUUGCUGUGGCGAAUACGGUGCUGUCUGUUGGUGUACUAUACCACUUUCAGCGAAAUACUUUUGCAAAGAGUUACUCAAAAACUCACCACCACCGUCAGAACGAAAUUUCUUAGGAAAGUUCCCGAACUGGUUCUUCACCAGAGCGCAAUAUUCACGAAUUCGAGCCUCCGCAUCCGAUUUUUGUUUCAACAAAUAAACCAUCGUGUAUCGACUAAAAUCGUCUACCAAUACUAUGUAGAAACGAUUACCACUUGGUGUUACUUCUUCCAUCGGACCGCCCAAAUCAGCAUGCACAAGAUCUCCUACGGAAUCAGAUUUGCUGUCAGACACCUUCGGAAAGGAAUCUCGACUCAUCUUUCCUUCACUGCAUGGACCACAUACCGACCGGACGUCACAUGGAUUUAUUUUCAACCCGUAUCCCAGAUUAUCACGAACUAUUUUGUCAACUGCUUGCAGAUCCCGAUGUCCAAAUCGCCGAUGCCAUAAAUGCUUGCACAUACCAUCAUGUCUUGGAUUCGCCAGAAGUGCUUUUUCCGAAACGUGAUUCAAGUGGAUGUGACAUUUAUUUUGUUCAAACAAGACCUGAAAUCCCAAAUCAGUGAUUCUACUCACCGACAGCAAGUUAGCAGCAAGCGACGGAACGUGCAAAACAUUAUCGAGUUUAACGUUUAUUUUUGCACCAGUUCCGUUGGACGAGACUAUGUUACUCGAGCCGGUUCCAGACGAUUGGAUAGAUUUCCCAUCUGCCAAACAAACAACAGUCGCUUUGGACGUAUCAACGACACCAUGCAACAAUGACGCAUCACUCGCCAUAUGAGCAGUUGCACCUGAAUCUAGGUACCAAAAAUCAGACCGUUCAACACUGCUUGCAGCCAAGCAAACUUCAAAACCGGAACUAGAAUCAACGGCAACAUUCGCCUUCUAAUUGUCAGGCUUCUUCUGUUCACGCUUAUCCUGGGCAAAUUUCCGGCAAUCCCUCCGAAAAUGCCCCUCCUUUUUGCAGUAAUGGCACACCACAUUUUUCUUCGCACUACGGUUGCCUAGACUGUUCGGUUUAACCGUAUUCAUUACCAGUGCCUUUUCACCACUAUGACACUCACUUUCGACACGACGUCGACCCUCAUCGAGCAGCUUACCCUUCACAAAGUCUACAGUUAGGUCUGCAUCUGGUCGACUUUCCAGCGCUACGAUCAACCCAUCGUAGGAUUUUGGAAGGCUGCACAACGUUAAUGCCACGAACCAGUUGUCUUUCACUUCCUCACCUAACGCUGUUAAUCGAAGUCGCAACGCAGCCAUAUCCUUCAAGUGAUCCGCCAUGCUACCAUUUUCGGGCAUCCGGAUGGUAAUCAACAGUUUCACUACGUGGAUUAUACUGGACAGAGAUGCGCGCUCGUGGUAAUCUUUCAGCGCGUCCCACAUCUCCUUAGCCGUCUGCUUCGUCAUAACAUGAAUGAGCUGCGUGUCCUCCAAAGCCAAUCCGAUCAACGCUUGAGCUUUCUCAUCAUUUGAGACCCAGGUUGCAUCAGCAUUCUCAGGCUUCGGAUCCAUGACAACUUUCAGCAGCUUUUCCCUUGUUAGAAGCAAACGCAUUUUGAAUUUCCACACUGCGUAGUUUCCGUCACUCAGCUUUUCAAUUGUGGCUUUUGUCUCCGCCAUCUUGUUUUUCACAAGCACUCGUUUCUUCCGAUGCGACACAAACGAUAAACUACGCCACCAAAAUCCACUAUAGGCGAGUUCGAGCAAAACUAAUAGCAACCGUUCGCUACCUGGUUGUGAUUAGGGUAAAUGAUUUUGAAAUGGACCUAGUCGAAUUCUGAUCUUGAAUGGACCUAUUUUUAAA